CUCAUGUCAGGCCCUUUGUGGCUACGUUGUCCUCUCUCGUGGGGUUUGGUGGCUCAUGGGAGUGAUGGGUUGGGUGAUGCCAGAAGGAGCCCGGCAUGCCGUACCUGGAUCGACAGAACCGGAUCUGCGGCUUCCUGGACAUCGAAGAAAAUGAGACCUGUGGCAAGUUUCUGCGGAGGUAUUUCAUCCUGGACACCCAGGCCAACCACCUGCUGUGGUACAUGGACAAUCCUCAGAACCUGGCCAUUGGAGCAGGUGCUGUCGGAUCUCUGCAGCUGACCUACAUCUCCAAGGUUAGCGUUGCCACCCCGAAACAGAAGCCUAAAACUCCGUUCUGCUUUGUUAUCAACGCUCUGUCCCAGCGCUAUUUCUUGCAAGCCAGUGACCAAAAGGACCUGCAGGACUGGGUGGAGGCACUGAACAGGGCCAGUAAGAUCACGGUGCCAAAGGGUGGCAGCGUCCCGCCGGCCACAGAAAUCACGAAGCCUUCUGUGGUGGCCCAGGCGCAGGAGAGGAAGCCCCAGGUGGCCUACAAAACCGAGAUCGUUGCAGGAGUAGUGGUGCACACACCCAUCUCUAUCAACCAGGACGGCGGGGAGGGCAGCGAGGUGGCCGCGCAUCCUCUGCUGCGGCGCUCGCAGAGCUACAUCCCCCCCUCGGCUGCCAGGCCGCCCGCCGGGCCGCCCGCGCUCAAGAGCGGCUUCUGCGUCAAACAGGGCAACGUGAGGAAGAGCUGGAAGCGGCGGUACUUUGUUCUGGAUGAGUUUUCCAUCAGUUACUACAAGUGUGAGCAGGACAAGGAGCCUUUGCGUUCGAUUCUCUUGAAAGAUGUUUGCAAAACCCACGAGUGCCUGGUCAAGUCUGGUGACCUCCUGAUGCGAGACAACCUCUUUGAAAUCAUAACGGGCUCCAGGACUUUCUACAUCCAGGCAGACAGCCCCGAGGACAUGCACAGCUGGAUCCGGGCGAUCACAGGGGCAGUGCAGGCCCUGAAAACCCGCCCCAGGGAGAUGUCCUUUGUGAGAUCCAGCUCCGUGGCCAGGCCCGGGGGCUCCUCGGGCCCCUCUCAGCCGCGGCCAUCGGCAGAGGAGCGGAGAGCCCUGUGCAAGGCACCCUCCAGCAGCUCCUGGCAGCCCUGGACGCCGGUGCCAGCGGCCGAGGGGCAGCGGCCGGCGCUGGGGGAGCUGCCAGCCCCGCUCAGGGACUCGGCCACGCGUGGCACACGCCUGCGCCACCGCUCCGAGCCGCAGCAGCUCAAGGGGAAGCCGUUUGCCUUUGACCUGGACGAUGAAAGUAUCCGGACCUCCGACGUCUGAGCGGGCACCGAGCCGCCGCCGGCUCCACCUGCCUGGCUGCGGGGAUCCCUGGGGGCCCUUCGGGGUGUGCGAGGUGGUCCCUUCCCUCCACCACAGCCCUUCCUGCAGUUCAGGAUCCACCUGGAGCCACAUCCCCGUUCCCUGCUCUGCAGGGAGCGGGGUCCCUGCCUGCUCCUGCCCACGCUUGGCCCCACUGGUUCCAUGGCGGUGCUUCUGGGCACUGCCGGCACUCGCUGUGCAGGGCAGGAGACGCUUGGGACCUGUAUGAGGGGACGUCUUCUGCAAUUGCAUCAUUUCCCCCACAAACCAGGUCUGGAUGAAGUGGCAGAAGGUCUUGGAGGCAUGAGGAGGGGGAGUGUAGCCUUUGUUGUGUUUGUAAAAUGUUUCUCUCCCCCUUGAUGCUGCUCAGAUUCCCCAGGGCAGAGCUGGGAGACACCAGCCUGCAGCUGCCCACUCGGGGACUCACUGCAGCUUCCCCUUACAACGACUUGUUCCCUCAGAGAGCAGCUCUUCCCACUGCCCACGCAAGGGUUUAUCAGCAAUCUGCUGGCUUUUGAUUAAGUCUUUUUAUACCUGUGGUUCCUGUUGAACCCCAGCCUGGGCAGGUGCUCAGCCCCUCCAAAGGCUUUUGGUGCUUCCUGAGCACGAGCCAGGGCAGGUAGCCGGAGCCACAGUGGCUCCCACUGUCCAUCCUCAGGUACGGUGUCAGUUUUGCACUGCACACACCUGGGCACAGAGAGCUGUGCCAGGUGGUGAAGAGUUUUAAGUAAAAAGCAACAAAUACCGAGCACCUGAUGGAACUGGGCAGACUUAUCCAGCCAACUCACCCACUGCCUGCCCGAGAUGGAAACCAGCAGGAGUUUCUAGAGCAAUGUGAAUCCUCAUUUCCAUAACCAAAUGAGCUCCUGUAGGUGUGAUAAAUAGUAUGUAGAAAAUCCAGGUGUUCCCUCAGCAGAGAGAUCGUCUGAUACCUUCACCCCACGAGUGUGUGCAAUCCCCGGGUGCCGAGCGAGAACUCAGCUUCCCUUUCACUUCCCUGGCCAUGACACAUCCUCUGCUCUGCAGGCUCAGCCCAGUGUGUUCCCCAGGAGCAGAACAUCUGGUUUGUCCUGGCCCUUUUGGGGCCUCCAGCUGUUUGACAGCUGUGCCUCAGCCUGAGCCUUGACUGACCUUAAUGCUGUCCCAGUGGUUCCUCCUGCUUCAGUCCCCUGUGGGACCAGCAGGGCUGCUGCAGGAUGGGCACAGUGGAGCUUCGUGCAGCUGGGGAGGCAGGAAUGGGGUCCCCCAAGUCCAGGGGGAAGAGGGUCUAAAAGGGGAUUGUGUGGAGGCUCUGGAGAACACAGAGACCAGGAAAAUGAGCGGGAAUCAAUGCAAAUGGUACAAGGUGAGUGUUAGUAUUAUUUAAUUGUAGCUACCUAGAUCCUGCUGUUCCUUUUCUGCUCCUUUUUUCUUUAUUUGCACUAGAGUUUGAAACUUUCAUUUUUUUAGGCUGACUUGCUGUUUGGCUCUGUUUCAAGAAUGUUUUAGUAGUUUGGUAAGCCCAUCCAUCAGUCACAGCAUUAGAUAAACAGCGUUCUGAUCUUGGUUUUGCAGAGCAGGGAAUGCAGAGGGAUGAUGGUUCCUUUGUGCAAGGCUUUGGAACCACAGACUCCCGAGUAUUCCUGGUGCUUGAUAAUUGCACAGUUUCUUCAGGCCUGGGAAGGUAAAGCAGAGGCUGGUUGCACAAUUAAGGUUAAUUAUCCAGGAGCAGAAACUACCAGUGGCUCCAGCACUAUUGCAACAUUCCUCUUGCUCAUUCCCACCCUCCAGCAUCCCAGCACAGCAUAAAGGCUGAAUGUGAGGUUCAGACAAGUGUGGAGCUCAGCUGGGCUCCAGAGCCAUCCGUAACACGGGUGCUGUUGGGAGGGAGGGAUUUCCCUCCCAUUCCAAAGGUGUGGGUGGAUGCAGCCAGACCUUGAUGGAGCUUUGUGGUUAUUUUAAAGAAACUGGUUUUCCCUCAGCUCUGCAUUCACUCCUGGCUCAGGCGUGGGAUGGACACGUCCCCCUGGAGCUGCUCCCUCCUGAAGCGUGUGCUGUGGGGCUUUUCUGGGGGUGCUGCAGGUUCGGGGUGCCUGGCAGGGCCAGGGUGGUGGGAGAGAGGGGUUUGCCAUUCUCACGUGGUUCCAGAUGUUUGGAAGGUGCUGGCUGGGGAUUUCAAGUGCUCUUAGGGCUGGGGCCCUUGCAGGCAAUUCUCCGUGACUCCCGGGGUGGGGGCUACCUGCCUCCCAUGCCUCGCCUGUAAAUGCUGCAAUGCCCUUUCUCCCCUGUGUUUUUAAAUAAAGAAGGA